CAAUUGCCUUUGUACCUACUGUGUGUGUGUGAGAGAGAGAGAGAGAGAGAGAGAGAGAGAGAGAGAGAGUAUGGAGGGAAGAGAAGGUCAGAGCUCAACGGCAGCAGUUCGAUUCACACUACCACCAUCUCGAUUGUCAAGCGAAGACAUACUCUUCUGUAUCGAUGUCGAUCCUGAAACCCUCGUUGAAAUGAAGAACACCAGCGUCAGUGGCAGACCUUUUACCAGAUUGGAAUCAAUCAAGCAAGCUAUUCUACUCUUCGUCAAUGCUAAGCUUGCUAUUAAUCCCGAUCACCGAUUCGCCUAUUGUGCUCUCGGCAAAACCCCUUUUUGGCUUAAGAAGGAGUUUAGCAGCGAAGUUGACUCUGCAAUUGCUGCUUUUCGAGGCAUCACCGUUGAUUCUUCUGCUGGUCAGGCAGAUCUCACACAUAUAUUUAAAGUGGCAAAUCAUGAAGCUAAAAAGUCUCGUGCACAGAAUCGAAUACUCAGGGUGAUUUUACUCUACUGCAGAUCAUCAGUUGUACCACAACACCGAUGGCCCACAAACCAAAAACUCUUCACAUUGGAUGUGAUUUACCUCCACGAUAAACCAGGACCUGACAACUGUCCACAGAAGGUGUACGAUGGUCUGGUGGAAGCCCUUGAACAGGUCAGUGAGUACGAGGGUUACAUCUUUGAGAGCGGUCAGGGGCUGACCCGUGUCCUUUUCCGUCACAUGUGUGUGCUCCUAUCUCACCCUCAGCAACGUUGUGUCCAAGAUGACAUCGAUAUUCCCAAAUCCCUCACCAAAAAGUCGCCAGCAGUGGAGUCGGCCCCUGCUGAACAAGAAUCCGUUCCUGUCUCCAGUCAGUGACUUCUUUUCGAGAAAUGUAUAUGAAAAUGUAAGAAUUCUAGACUUUCUAGUGGUUCAAAACGGUUGAUGUACCAUCGGAGUUAUCUUAAACACGAUUGGCGUACUGGGUUUCUUGAUCAUUCACCUCCUGCUUUUAAUGGCUCUAUAAUCUUUCUCCAUUGUUGAUAAAGAGCUGUGAAAUACAUCCAGGAUAAGUUUCCCGUUCU